AUGGGUGGCUCGGACGAAGAGAAGGAGAAAGAGCGCAAGAGGGAUAUAGUGGGAGACUUUCUGAAAAAGAACUUGAAUAAAGGUGAAAUAGCAUUGAAGCAUGCAGUGGGUCUCGGAAGUCAGCCCAAUGUCGUCCCUGUAACUCAGCCUGUCGUCGAUGGACCACGUCGCCCCGUGGAGGUUGGAUGGCAUCCUGUCGGCGGAUUUGCCGGAAAGUGGUUUGCGGAAGAGACGGGACUGGGGAAGAUGAUCACGGAGAAGAUCAACAAAUAUCCUGAUCCAACGCAGCAUUGGGCUGUUCUUGUCGGUGACUAUGCUCAUCAGCUAUGGAUGGACGAGAACUUUGAUGUGAUCUACACAAAUGCAAAGAUUGAGCGAGACGAGUGGCGGACAUUUCCAGUUGGAGAGACGCGCUUCAAUGAUGAUGCGUUAAGGCGAGCUGGCGAAUCAGUGAUCCAAAGCAUCAGGGAGAGGCAGCCCACUUACAACCUCAUAACGAACAAUUGCCAGACGUACGUCCUCCAGCUCCUCGACGCCAUUAAGGUUGGCGUGAAUAAAGAGUUCGGUACUACCCUGGCUGUCUACGAGAGAGUCUUUGGACCCGGCAAGAUAAAGGACCUGUUUGAGGGUGAAGAGAAGCCAGAGGAUCAGCAACAACAUCAGAUUGAACAAGGAGGAGAACCUGGGGUAGAGCCAGGAACGCAGCAACCGAUGCAUCCAGGUAGAUCGGAUACAGUCAACCUGGCACAGGAUGUCAUGAACCAGAAUACCAAUCAACUCGAUACCGAAAGGGAGAUGGAGAGGCAUGAGGAUGAGAAAGAGGACAAAAAGGAGAAGAAGAAAGGGUUCUUUUCGCGGUUUAAACGGAGUAAUAGUUAG